AGUUACUUCUCUCCCUUUAUCUGUUCAAGAGAAAAAAAAAAUAGUAUACACAAAAAGCAAAAGAGAGAAAAGGCGUCCCCAGCCAGAAAUAUGACACAUCUUCACAUAACCCUGACAAGCAUGAUUCUUAUCCUCUCUUCUCUCUUUAUCUCUCUCUCUCUGAUACUUAUCCUCUCUUAUUUUAAUAAAUGAUUGACUGGGUUAAGAAUGUACAUGUAGAGUUCAUAAGAGGUAAGAUAUGAAUGAGCAUGCACUCAAAAUAUUUCCUCUUUAUGCUAUAGCUAGUUUUGAUGUCUUUUCCUAUCAAAAAAAAAAAAAAGAAGUUUUGAUGUCUUUUUUGUUUCUUAAAAAAAUAGUUAAAAAAAAAAAAAAACCAAAUCUCAGGCUCUUUCUUCAAAGAUUUUAUCCCUACCUGUACUACUAAUUAUUUUAGCCUUAUUAAUUGUGCUUCAGCUUCAACGCGUGACUUUUGAUGGUACUCUUUUGUGAGAGAGGUGAAGAUGGUACCGUGGUGGGUUCCGGAAGGUACGCCUACCUGGUUACUGUUCUAGUUUUAACGGAAACCAAUAAAUUUUUUUUUCCAUAAAUAAAUAUUGCUUCACGUUAUUUGCUUUGUUUUAUCAAAACCUCUUUUUGCAUCAUCACCAUCUUCUUCUUCUCUCACUGGUAGACCAUGCAAGGCAAACGGCAUGUUUGGAUGUGGUACCACUCUUUUCUUUUAAUCUGGCUCUGAUUUUGGGUUAUUUUGGAUUCUUACAAUUUCUAAUUCUCAACCCUGAAUAAGUAUUUCUCAGAAAAAAAAGAAAACCCCCCAAUGAUUUUAUGGUUUUGUAGAAAUUUUUUGGUUGAUUUCGACCAUCUAUUGUCCUUGGUCUAGUAGAAUUUCGAGUUGACUUGCAAAGGAGGAGUCUUUUUGAUGGUGGGUUGGUGCAAACACUGCUAAAUAUGGCAAAGAAUUACUGUUUCGGCUUCUCAACAGAUAUGUACUACUACAGUGCCAUGAGUCAAGGUUUUAGAGAGUUCUUAUUUUUGCUUCGUAUUGGGGGUCAAACUGCAGCCUCUCUUUGUAGAAGGUUAAUCACUCAGGAUUACAAUGGAAGAUGACAUGUUAAGCAUGAUUUCAAAUGGUGGAGUCAAUGCAACUGCAGAGGAUUCUGAUUCAAGCAGCACCACUUACCCUUUUCCUGAAAGCAAACGUGCAAGGCAUGGUAGCAAUGCAUCUUCUAAAUUCAAAGGUGUUGUACCACAGCAAAAUGGGCACUGGGGUGCACAAAUAUAUGCCAAUCACCAGCGCAUUUGGCUGGGGACUUUCAAGACUGAAAAAGAAGCAGCCAUGGCUUAUGAUAGUGCUGCUAUCAAGCUUAGGAGUGGAGAUUCCCAAAGAAAUUUCCCUUGGACAGAUAUCACUGUUGAAGAGCCAAGCUUUCAAAAUCUAUAUAGUACUGAAGCUGUGCUCAACAUGAUAAAGGAGGGUUCCUACCAAUCCAAAUUUGAAGAUUUCCUAAGGACACAUUCACAUAUUGUGGAAACAAUUGAUUUGAACUUGGGUAGGGUGCAAAGCAAAGGAGGACUAUCAUGUAAACAACUUUUUCAAAAGGAGCUUACGCCAAGUGAUGUUGGUAGUCUAAAUAGACUUGUCAUUCCUAAGAAAUUUGCUGUCAAGUACUUCCCAUGUAUUUCUGAAUCUGCAGAAGACAACGAAGGAGGAGGCAACAAGGAAGCUGUGCAGCUAAUUUUCUAUGAUAGGAUGAUGAGGUCAUGGAAAUUCCGCUACUGCUAUUGGAAGAGCAGCCAGAGUUUUGUCUUUACAAGGGGUUGGAAUAGGUUUGUGAAGGAAAAGAAAUUGAAGGCUAACGACACUAUUAGUUUCUACUUGUGUGAGUGCCAAGAAGCAGCAAAUGACGCUCGUUCAUUCAACAUGAUUGAUGUUAAUAGUAGCGACAACUGCGGCGGCUUGGUUGAACAGGCUAACCAAUAUGUUGGUAUUCAAAUGGACCUGAAACUUGGAGUAAGCCCUCAAAUUGACCAUAAACUUGGAGAGGAAAAAGAACUUAAGGGACCCAAACCAACACAUGAAACUGAAAAGCCGUGUUUUAGGCUCUUUGGUGUACAAAUCAUCUGAAGCUGAUAUGAUAUCUUAGCUCUUUUUCUUAUUUUAUUCUUUUUUAGGUUAUCUCUGAUUUCUCAUUAGACCCUGCAAUGCCUCAAAGUUUUUGCCUGAGCUUUGUGUUAGGGGGAAAUUUAGGUUUUAUGGUGAAGUAACCAUUCUUGAGAAGAAUGUCAUAGUUUAAAUCUCUGCUGAAAGUUGUCAUUGACAUUAUAUACAGAUAAAAAGUAACUAUUUUAACAAGUUUCUUGCUGAUUUA